UCCAGUAGCCACCAGUGGGUCUCCGGGAGGGAGGCGAAGUCUCAGUGCCUCCUCUGGACAGCCUCAGCAGGCUCCAGCCGCUGAGCGGGGACAUCCUCCAGCCACAAGCGCAUCCAUCGCCCCCCUCUGCCCCCGCCCCGUGCUCCUCUCCCCCCCGCCAGCUCCGCGCCCAGUCUGAGCCGCGCUUGGCACCGGGAAGGAGCGCGCUCCUCGCCGCCGCGGACAAGGGGGCUCCGCUACGUCAAACGCGGGAGCUUGGAGGUGGAGGCUCUGGCUCCGGGAGGAGUCCCCCGCGGCGCUGCCCGGUGUGAUUGGAGGCCGGGGAGCCCCCCGCGCUGGAGCUGCCCGACGCGCAGACAGACUCGGCUGGCCGCGCAAGUUCUCUCCAGUGGAGCUAGCAGCCGCCCGGGCCGGGCACAUGUGCGAGAGCAUCCAGCGAGCGCUUCGCUGGCGAGCCGCCCCCAGCCGUUUGGAUUAAAAGCCUCGCUGCAGCCGCCGAUCCAGGGGAAGAGGAGGCAGGUACCUAUUAUACCAUUUCUCUGGUGAAGGCUAUUCAGCAGUGGUGACCUCUUCCAAUCGAACACUCCACGAAUUAUUAUCUCUGGACUCCCAGCUGACACCCUGCCGGAGGCUAGAGCUACUGAGCCAACUGGAAUUGCGCCCACACUCUUAUCAAGGUUUUUUCUUACACAGGGGAAAAAAGAUGAAGUUGGGCAAAGUGGAGUUCUGCCAUUUUUUGCAGAUAAUAGCUCUUUUCCUGUGUCUUUCUGGGAUGAAUCAAGCAGAACUCUCAAAGUCCAGAUCAAAGCCCUACUUUCAAUCAGGGAGGCCAAGAACCAAGCGCAGCUGGGUGUGGAAUCAAUUCUUUGUGCUGGAGGAAUACAUGGGUACAGACCCUCUCUAUGUAGGAAAGCUUCACUCUGAUGUUGAUAAAGGAGAUGGCUCCAUCAAAUACAUCUUGUCAGGCGAAGGGGCAAGUUCCAUUUUCAUUAUUGAUGAGAACACUGGGGAUAUUCAUGCUACAAAGAGGCUGGAUCGGGAAGAGCAGGCCUACUACACGCUCCGAGCACAAGCACUAGAUAGGCUGACUAAUAAACCUGUGGAACCAGAGUCGGAGUUCGUCAUUAAGAUUCAGGACAUCAAUGACAAUGAACCAAAAUUUUUGGAUGGCCCUUACACUGCUGGGGUUCCUGAGAUGUCCCCCGUGGGAACUUCUGUGGUUCAGGUAACAGCUACUGAUGCAGAUGACCCUACUUACGGCAACAGUGCCAGAGUGGUGUACAGUAUUCUGCAAGGACAGCCUUACUUUUCUGUGGAGCCAAAGACAGGUAUUAUCAAGACUGCACUUCCGAACAUGGAUAGGGAGGCCAAAGACCAGUAUUUACUUGUUAUUCAAGCAAAGGAUAUGGUUGGACAAAAUGGUGGACUGUCCGGGACCACAUCUGUAACUGUCACCCUGACCGAUGUCAAUGAUAACCCACCACGUUUUCCACGGAGGUCAUAUCAGUAUAAUGUCCCAGAGUCCUUGCCUGUGGCUUCAGUGGUAGCCAGAAUAAAAGCUGCAGAUGCUGAUGUGGGACCUAAUGCUGAAAUGGAAUAUAAGAUUGUGGAUGGUGACGGCCUUGGAGUUUUCAAAAUUUCUGUUGACAAAGAUACACAGGAGGGAAUCAUUACAAUUCAGAAGGAGCUGGAUUUCGAAGCUAAGACAAGCUAUACACUGAGGAUAGAAGCAGCAAAUAAGCAUGUUGACUCUCACUUUCAAAGUCUGGGACCCUUUAGCGAUAUGACAACAGUGAAGAUAAUUGUGGAGGAUGUGGAUGAGCCCCCUGUAUUUACCUCCCGUUUGUAUUCCAUGGUAGUGUCUGAAGCAGCAAAGGUUGGCACCAUCAUUGGAACAGUUGCAGCCCAUGACCCCGAUGUCUCGAACAGCCCUGUUAGGUACUCAAUCGACCGAAACACAGACCUGGAGAGAUAUUUCAAUAUUGAUGCCAACACUGGAGUCAUUACAACUGCCAAGUCUUUGGAUAGAGAAACUAAUGCUGUUCAUAACAUCACUGUCUUGGCUAUGGAGAGUCAGAACCCAGCACAGAUUGGGAGAGGAUAUGUGGCGAUCACUAUCCUUGACAUCAAUGACAAUGCCCCCGAGUUUGCCAUGGAGUAUGAGACCACUGUCUGUGAAAAUGCUCAGCCUGGCCAGGUAAUCCAGAAAAUCAGUGCCGUUGAUAAAGAUGACCCACCCAGCGGUCACCAGUUCUACUUCAGUUUGACAGCAGAAGCAGCAAAUAACCACAACUUUACUCUGCAAGACAACAAAGACAACACCGCAUCUGUGCUAACCAGGAGAAAUGGAUUCCGGAGGCAGGAACAGUCUGUUUUCUACUUGCCAAUAUUCAUUGUGGACAGUGGCUCGCCUUCACUUAGUAGCACCAAUACCCUCACUAUCAGAGUGUGUGACUGUGAUGCCAACGGCAUAGCCCAAACAUGCAAUGCAGAAGCAUACAUCUUGCCUGCAGGACUUAGCACUGGCGCACUUAUAGCAAUACUUGCUUGUGUACUGACAUUAUUAGUGCUGGUCUUGCUAAUUGUCACCAUGAGACGGCGGAAAAAAGAGCCACUAAUUUUUGAUGAGGAGAGAGACAUCAGGGAAAACAUAGUCAGAUAUGAUGAUGAAGGCGGCGGAGAAGAAGACACGGAGGCUUUUGAUAUGGCUGCCUUGAGAAACCUCAACAUCAUCCGAGACACCAAGACCAGAAGGGAUGUGACUCCCGAGAUUCAGUUCUUGAGCCGACCAACUUUUAAAAGUAUCCCAGAUAAUGUCAUUUUUAGGGAAUUUAUCUGGGAGAGACUAAAAGAGGCUGAUGUGGAUCCCUGUGCUCCGCCAUAUGAUUCCUUGCAGACAUAUGCCUUUGAGGGAAAUGGCUCAGUGGCUGAGUCACUCAGCUCUUUAGAUUCCAUCAGUUCAAACUCUGAUCAGAAUUAUGAUUACCUCAGUGACUGGGGGCCUCGUUUUAAACGACUUGCGGAUAUGUAUGGAACUGGACCUGACAGCUUCUACUCAUAGCCUUGGAGCCUUUCUAUGUAAAUGAACUGAAGAAAAACAAAAACAAAAACUCAACAUCUGGACUAAGGCAAGUUGUAAAUAUUUCUCCAUUUUUAACCUUUUAGGUUUUUUUUUUGCCUUGGUGAAGCAUAUUUUCAUUAGACUUGUCCUAGGGACUGCACUGACCACACAGAACCUGAGCAUUUGGUGGCAUUUUUGAUAAAAUGAGAUGCUCAGCCAUAUCCAAAUAGAUAGCAACCCUCAUAUACCUGCAGAGGCAACUAACUUCUAGGAGUAUGUUGUGCACUGUGACUUCAAUGAGCCAAUGAUACCCUGUAGAUGCCUUCACAGUACUGCCAUGUCUAGAUUGUUAACAGGGCUGGCUCCAGGGGUUUUGCCGCCCCAAGCAGCCAAAA